AAGUUCAAGUAUCACAUGACGGAUCCAAGAUGGAAGAAGUGGACAACAUUAUCAUCCACACCCUCCGAGAAAUCGGCUGUGGGUUGGAUGAUGACGUACAGAGCCUGAAACAGUUCACCACAGAGAACAUAGUCGAGGCGACAGUGAGGUGUCUGCGUGUGAUCGGUGAUGGCCCCAACAUCUCCCCAGCCCUCCCACCCGGCAUGUCAGCCAGGUACAGGGUCGGCACACAGCUCGCCACAUCCUGUCAGGAGCUUGGGUUCCGAGGGGACAUCGGGUACCAAACGUUCCUGUACUCCAACGAGGCAGACAUCAGGAGAGUUCUCAUGUUCCUGAUGGAGAAGAUGCCGAAAGAGGCUGCUGAAGUCGCAUCAGAACCCAUGGGUAAGUCAGCCAUGCUGAAACGCAGCAUAGCAUCAGAGUUAGACAGACAGAUGAAGUCAGCGUGGACCCCGGCCUACUGUAAACAGGACGGGCUGUGUUGGAGGGGGACCAAACCACGACACUGGCACAGGGAGGGUCUGAGCGGAGUCAAGAGGUUCCACUCCUGUCCUGUACGCACACCAGAAGGAGUAGGAGAUAUCACAAAAAAGACUCCAAAAGAGCUGAAGAGAUAUUAUGACAAACACCUGCAGCCCCUGACAUCCCAGCCCCCCCGCGGAUCACAGGUGGUACCUUCCAUCCUGGAGGUGAACGACCUGUCGGUCACUGCCCAGCAGGAGUGGGAAACUGAGUGGAACCAGCACGGCCUGCCCUCGCGCCUGUCACAGGAGGAGUAUAAAGCGAGGAAGAGACAGAGGUUAGAGAAGAGAAUAUCAGACCAGCUGAGACAGGCUAUCCAACAGGAGACCAGCAAAGCUGCGGCUGGUAGGGAUCUCAUUCAGAUACUGAACUCCUUCACUGACAGAGGUGCAGGAAAGGGUGUGACCAAAGGGUCAAGGUUCACCCACACUGAGAAGCUCCAGUUUGCUCAGGAUGAAGAAACAGCGGCACAAAUGAUGGGAGAGGGACCAAGAGUGGACACAGAAGAGGAGCUGCAGAGGAGGAGAGAGGAGGAGGUAGAUCAGCUGCGGGGACAGCUGGAGCAGGUCACAGGUCAGCUGCAGAACCUGGAUGUGGAGAUGAAGAAGUUUACAGCUGGGAUACAGCAGAUGGAGGAAAAGGUGAAUACAGAGGUUCGGGGGAGGAGCGACAAGGAAGAGGCUUACAAGGUCAAGAAGAGGACGUUGGACCUUCUGCCUGACGCUGAGAACAACAUCACUAAACUACAGGGAGUGGUUGAUGGGAGUUCCCAGAGACUAGUGAACCUUGCCCAGCAGUGGGAGAAACACAGGGUUCCCCUCAUACAGCAGUACAGGGAACUCAAGGAACUCAACGCUAACAGAGAGUCUCAGUCGGAGAAGAAACUAGAGGAGAUCAAGAGCCUGAGAGAGAAGAUGAAGGAAGUAGCAGACGAGGCCAGGGGGAAGGAUGAUGUCUACAAACAACUGGCGUCUGAGUAUGAGAGAAUGACUAAGGACGUGAACCGAGGUGCUUACACUAAGAGGAUCAUGGAGAUAGUGGGCAACAUUAAGAAACAGAAGGAAGAGAUUGACAAGAUUCUGAUAGACACCAGGGAUGUUCAGAAGGAGAUUAACCAACUCACAGGCAAGCUGGACAGGACUUUUGCUGUCACCGAUGAGCUCAUUUUUAGGGAUGCCAAGAAAGAUGAGGCUGUGAGGAAAGCCUACAAGUCUUUAGCUGCUCUACAUGAGAACUGUGAGCAGCUGAUCAAGACAGUUGAGGAGACAGGAGGGAUCAUGAGAGAGAUCAGGGAUCUAGAGGAUCAGAUUGAAACUGAAGGGGCCAAGAAGACCACCCAGAACCUGGACAGGAUCAUGGGAGACUUCAAACAGAUGAAACAAGAAAACUCCAGCAUCGUGGCUAAACUAAAGGGAAAAUAACCAUCCUCUCUACAUCAUGUCAGCUAACUAUGACGACAUACAUGUAGU